AACUGUGUCCCUGUAGCAGUGAACAGAAGUUACUGUGAAUAAGAUGGAGGAUUAAACAGGAGAAAAGACUUCACCUUACAGCGCAUAAUAUUAAUUACAGAUCAGCUCUGAGACAACACAGUCACUGAUCAAAGAGUUGAUCUAUAUGCUGAAGAAGAUUCAAUGUACAAGUCUGAAGCUGCUGUGUGCUGGAGUGACAAUGGGAUCAGGUAUGAAGUCUGACAGUUCAGAGUGGCUCUCUGUGACUCUGUUGCUUCUCCUCCAGUCCUCUGCUUCAGUAUCAGAGGUGUUACAGGUUGUUGGUCCAGCUGCUCCUGUAGUUGUGUCCCCUGGUGAAGACGCUGUCCUGCCCUGUUACCUCUCACCCAGAGAGAGUGUAGAGGACCUGGAGAUCAGGUGGUUUAGAGAAAUUUCUAGACCCCCUGUGUGUCUGUACCAGUACCGCAAGUAUAACUCUGACAGACAGGACCCAGCCUACAGGGGAAGGGUGGAGCUUUUCUCCAAUGAGCUCUCCAGAGGCAACGUGUCUUUAACACUGAGAAACAUCACUCGCUCUGAUCACGGACAGUACACUUGCAUGGUGCUGUCUGAUCUCUGGGAAGAUGACACUGUUAUUGACCUGUCUGUUAGAGCUGUGUCAGUGUCUCUCCUCUCCCCUGGAGGAGAUCAGGCCCAGCUGCUGUGCAGAUCAGAGGGCUGGUUCCCUCAACCUGCAGUGAUCUGGACAGACAGGGAUGGAAACGAGGUGACAUCACAGCCCCCCACAGUGGACAGGAACAGUCAGGGGCUCCUCAGUGUCAGCAGCUACAUCCCAGUCAAACAGGAGUUCAACAUCUUUUCCUGCCUGGUGAGAAGCACACAGCCCAAGGCAGACUGGGAAUCUCAGCUCUACAUACCCAGAGACUAUUUCCCUGCUCCCUCUGGAUGGAUGGUGGCUCUCUUCCUAACAGCAGCUGUUACUGUAGCAGUAUCAGUACUUCUGGUGAUCCAGUGGAGAAGAAUGGACAGGCAGGAGAAACUCAAUGCCAUUCCUGUAAUCCUCACAGAACUGGAUGCUGUGAAGCGAGCUCCUAUCCCUAAAUCACAAUGGCAGUGGCUGUGCAGUGCUGAAGGUGAAGGCAGCCCCAUCCCUGACCUGCAAUGGCAGUGGCUGUGCAGUGCUGCAGUCUAAUGGCCAGUAUGAGUCUCUCCUGGAGGGACUGACAGUGUAGAAAACUCAUUUUCCCUGAAGGCCAUGUGCUCUGGUCUCUGCUCACUCCUGACUGAGGGUCUACAGGCUGAAUGUGGCAGAGCCAGUGACCCUGGAUUUGGGAAUAACUGUUGAAUAUCAGGAGGAAUCGGGAGCAGAGCCAGUCUCAUAAUAACAAGCCAUUCAAAUCCUGAGGAGAAACACUGUUAAAGGUUGGAAUAAAAGGAUGGUAUAAUGACAGUACUCUUCCCCUGCAGUUUCACAGACACACAGCCUCUUGUGAGAGGCAGCAGUGGGACUCUGGUACAGGGGCUCCUCUGGGGCCUGUAGGCCUCUCUCUUGUCUGAGAAAUGGCUGCUUCUCUUCACAUGUCAACCAGGCUGAUGGGUCAGCAGGAAGAAACAUUAUAAAAUCACCUUUUCUUCUUCUGUUUCCUUCUUUCCUCUGUCAGUGUUAAUAGGAUGUUCAUACAAACACAGAACAGGCAGGAUGUGCUUCUAUACAGAGCACGUUCAGACUGGGGGAAUAAUAAACAUUAUUAUGCAGAUAAACUUUAUUUCUAAACAGUUCAUGUUGUUGCUUUUUGUGUUUAAAACUGUGAUUCAGUCAGGAUUUACUUGUUUCCAGUUUUCAGGAGCUGAACCUCAUUAACCCCCAGCCCCUCAAAGAUUGUUUCCACCCGGAGUGUUUGUGUCCUGAACAUCUUGCAGUAUCUUGGACAGGAUAGAGAGUACAGGCCUGGCUCAGGGUUUGAGGUCAAGGAACCACCUGGACAUCAAGUCUGAAACAUCAGAUUUCUCUCAGUUUUUUUUAUAUAUCUUACUCAGUACACACACUAGGAAAAAAUAUCCACCCCUCCAAAAAAAAAAAAACUCAAAACAGUAACAGUUCAUUUUUUCAGAUUUCAAGUUGUAGCAAAUGUAGAUACUCAUUAUUUCCAGGCCAUGUGAAACAUAUCUACUACUUCAUUAUUAGUAGUUUUGAGCUACAGACAAUGAUUAAGAGACUACUUAUACUGGACAGGCUCUUUUUUACAGCCUUUCUAUUCUCCAGGAGUAAAAAAAUAAGAACUGAGAAGAAUCUCUUUGAUCUUCACUAGAUUGACCGGCAGAAAAUAGAUGGAGAGUAUGGAGAGUAUUUAUUAAGUAUUAAGAGUUUACAGUGAAGUAUUAAGUAUGAGGAGAGUAUUAAGUCAGUAUUCAUUGGUCAUGCGAAUAAAGCUUCUUGAAUCGAUUAAAACCCCCAUUCGCGCUGAACAUGUAUAAGCCCCGCCCCCCAUCUCUCAGUGGACAGAGCUCACUGAUUGACAGCUGGUGUCUCCUAUCAGAGAGACGGACAGCUGAGCGCGAGCAGUCUGAAGUCAGUAUGAGCGCCUCUGUUUCUCUCGUCUUUCUCUCCGGGUUUCUGGAUGUGUUAUUUCUGCUUUAAACUGAACACUUUGGAUAUUUCUUGGCAUUUUCAAAGUAA